AACUUGAUUCCAAAAUUCUCUCACACACAAACUCACAUUCCUUUUUUAUUCGUCCCAUUCUCUCUCUUAUUUCUCUCAUGACGAGUAGUAAUGGUAGCCUCAAAUUAGAGAUCCACACCGACGACAAGACGCCGGGAAAGUGGCGCGUACCGCUAGGUGAGGACGUUUUCCGGAGGUUCUUGAGCGGAGGAGGAGGCUCGGAGAAGGUUGUGUUCAGCGAGGGAUCUAUUUUCAGCCCGUUUUUGUUCGGGAAGUACUUUGAUCCGUCAGACGCGUUUCCACUAUGGGAAUUCGAGGCGGAUGUUUUGCUGGCGAGCCUCAGGAGCUUAGGACAGUGUAGAGUGGACUGGUCUCAAACCGAUCAAGCUUAUGUCCUUCAAUCUGACCUCCCUGUGGUGGGGAAAAAUAACGUGCAGGUGUAUGUGGACGCUAAUGGGAAAGUGAUGGAGAUUAGUGGCCAAUGGAAAACGGUGGCCAACGGCGAUUGGAGAAGCGGCCGGUGGUGGGAAUACGGCUACGUCCGUCGUCUCGAGCUUCCCGGCGAUGCCGACCUCAAAAAAUCCGAAGCGUUCAUCUCAAACAAAGACGACUACUCUUUCUUAGAGAUCAAAAUCCCCAAGAACAAGUUUUAAUCUGUUGAUUAUUAUUAUGGUUUCUUGAUAUGUUCCACGAAUAUCUUUUCCACGUAUACAAACAUACAACUGACACAAGUAUAGCAAGUCACUGAAUCUAAAUCAA